UAUAAAAGCAGCAACAAUUUGAGUUUUAAAAUCAGUUGCAAUCAAAUCAUCAUGAAGUGGCUGUCGCUUGUUUUUGUGCUGGGUCUGCUGCUGGCUGUGGCCAGUGCUACACCUUUGGUGCCUGGUGAUGUUAUUAUCAAUGGCGAUUGUCGCAGCUGUAAUGUGCGUGGAGGUUAAGCGCAGCAUCUAACAAAGUUUAAAUAAAAAUACGCACUCAAGCUAUA